AUGGCGCGAGCUAUCGCGCCGCAGUUGUUUGCGGAUGUGGCCUUCAGUCGACAGGUUUUGUCCCUGACAGUCAGGUGUAACUUCCGCAGUGACGGCUGUGACUGGAAGGGGGAGCUUCGAGACUUACAGGAGCAUCUGGAGUCCUGUACAUACAGAGACAUGGUCCACAUGGCCUGUGGUCAGGCAGGAGGGAAGAAAGCACGGAAGGAGGAGGCCGUCAGUAAGAUCAAGAAAUGUAAACACUGCACCAAGGAGGUUCCAUCUAGAGAAAUGGUGCUUCAUCACGAGAGCUGCCUCGCUGUGCCGGUGAACUGUCCCAACAGCUGUGGACUGAAGGACGUCCCCCGCAGUCAGCUGCCGCAGCACCUGGAUCCCGUACGCGGGAACUGUCCGCAGUCUGUCCUACCCUGUCCCUUCAAGCCUGCGGGCUGCACUUUUCAGGCCAAACGCCCAGAGAUGAACAAACACCUGAAAGUCUUGCCACAGUACCACCUCGGACUCCUGUGCCAGAAGAUCAACGACAUCCACCAGACUCUUGCCAAACACGAGGGACAGAUGCGGGCGCAAGCCGCCAAAGUCGCCGAGCAGAACGAGCGAAUCCAGAACCAGAACGCUCUCCUCACGAGUCAGCACCAGCGCGUGAAGUCGCAGAACGGGAAGCUGGAAAGCCUGACGGUGAAAGUUUGCAACCAGAGCGAAAAGAUUGAACUCCUGCAGACAGAGCUGUUGAGGAAAGAAGCCAUCAUUGCUGAACAGAUGAAGAAGAUAAAGGAACUGGAAGUCACGAGCUACGACGGCACGCUACUCUGGAGAAUAAACAACUUCAGCCAGAGGCACCAAGAGGCGGCCAACAAGCAGGUUCCGUCCAUAUACAGCCCGCCGUUCUACACCAGCAGAUUCGGGUACAAGAUGUGUAUCCAGAUCUUUGCCAAUGGCGGCGGCGAGACGCGGGGUACGCACAUGUCCAUCUACUUCCACAUCCUGAAGCACCGCUAUGACAGCGUACUCCAGUGGCCGUUUCCCCACAACAUCACGUUCACGCUGCUGGACCAAUCAGACGACUCCAACAAGGCCGAGCACAUCUCGCACACCCUGGUUCCCGACGCCACCGCGCCCAACUACCAGAGACCGACCAGUAGCAUGAGCGAGGGACGAGGGUUCCACAAGUUCGUGUCGUUGGAAAAGCUCUGGAGUCGCAGCUACACAAAAGAUGACAACUUGUUCAUCAAAGUCAAAGUCCACUGUUAG